AUGGAAGAAGAACGAGAGCAAGUCAUUCAUAUUUUAAUAGAAGCUUCACUUGAUGGAACAAAACAACAACAAGCAUUAGAAUUAAUGGAAAAAUGUAUUAUAUGGCCUGAUUAUUGUGAUUUAUUAUUAACUGCAUUAGAACGAAGUCAUAAUAAACCAGAAGAAGAAAUGAUAUGUGUACUACUUAAACAAGCAAUUAAUAAAAAUAAAAGACUUAGAGAAAGAGAAGCAACAGAAAUUAUUUUAAACAAAUUAGAAGAAAUACCCAAAACAGGAAUUCUUGUAUUAACACACAUUUUUUUAAUUACUAAUGAUGAAAUAAGAACAUUAAUAUUUAAUUGGAUUAUUAAUAACCAUCAGUUAAAUAGUAGUAUUCAAUUAGUAUCAAUGAUUGUUAAUGAUUGUUAUGCAAGUAUUGGAGAAAGAUUUCAUAAAGAAAUAACAAUUAUUAUUAAAUUAAUUAUUCCUAAAAUAUUAGAAGAUAAUCCAACAAAUACUAUGGCUAUUGUUAGUACUUUAAAAGAAAUUUCAUAUUCACCACCACAAGAAUUUCCAAAUUUAUAUAUUGAUCUUUUAAAACUUUUAUUACCUCGUGUUCAAACAACAAAUUAUGAAUUAAAAUUAGCAAUAGGAAAAUUUAUUAGUGAGUCUCCUUUUGUUUUAUCUCAAUCUCCAAGUGAUCUUCUUGAACCAAUGUUACAAGCAUGUAAUUGUUUAAUUAGUGAUGAAAAUGAAGAAAUAUUUAUCAGUGGUUGUGAUCUUUUAGAAGCUUUAAUUUCACGUUAUCCAGAAAAAAUUGAUCCAUUUUCAUUUAAAAUUCUUUUACCAAGAAUUGUAUUAAAUCAAAAAGAAGAAGCAGAACUUCUUGAAGGAAAUAAUGAUGAAGAAUUUGAAAUAUCUUCAAGAACUUCUGUUAAAAAUUUAUUAGAAGUUGCAAUGAAUUAUUAUCCUCAAUUAAUUUUUAUUAUUUCACCUAUUGUAAUUGAAAAUAUUCAAUCAUCUAAUUGGCGUAUUGCUGAAGGAUCAUUACAUAUUCUUACUUGUUUACACCAAAAUAUGAAUGAAAUUAUUUUUCAACAAUUUUUUAAAAAUAUUGCAACUAUUUUAUUAAAUCAAUUAAAUACUCCUUUUCCUUCUAAUUCUUCAAUAAUUCUUUUACAUAAAAAAAUUAUUGAAAUAUUAGGAAUGUAUCUUCAAUAUUUUAAUCAAAAUGAACAAAAAACUUGUAUUACUAUUCUUUUUACUUCUUUAUCUUCUUCAAACAAUUUACUUCUUUAUAGUUCUUUAAAUGCUUUUCUUGAUUGUGUUACUAAUUCUCCUCAACUAUUAAUUCCAUUUGCACGUGAUAUUUAUCUUGCUUUAGUACAAAAAUUAAUUCAGUAUAAUACUCAAUCUUCAAAUAUGGCACUUGAUCUUCUUCAAGACAUUGUAAAUAUUACUCCUUUUAUGACUCCUGAUUUAUUACAUCUAUUAGUUUUACAAACUGUACAAUUAACUCCUAGAUAUCUUAACGAUGAUCCACUUAUUGAACAACUCUAUGUAACAACUUCAUACAUUGUACAAAAAACUAGAGAUAUGAAUGUUGAAGAUAUUCUUCCAUUACUUCAAUCUGUACGUGAAGUAUUACAAUUUAAUUGGAAAAGAGGAGUAGAUGAUGGAGCAGUAGCAAGUUGUAUUCAAACACUAGAUGUUAUUGGACAAAUAACAGGGUGUGGAGUAUUAGUUCAUUGUGGUAUUUCAGAAGUAAUUUGUUGGGGAGUAAGUAGAAAAGAAAGAAGAAUUCAAGUUGCUUCUUUAAUGCUUGCAGGAAGAAUAUUUGAUAAUGAUAUUCACUCUAUUGAUUCCCAACAUUUAUCAGUAUUAGCAGAAAAGAUGAUUGGUAUUUUAGAAAAUGGGUUACAUGAAGGAGUAGUUUAUGCAAUGUGGGAUCUUUAUUUAUUAAUAUCAAAUUUACAAAAUAAUGUUUCUUGUCUUUUUAAAAGAGUAAUAGAUGCCACUAUUUCUGUGUACAAUAAAAAUGUUUUGAUGAAGCCUGUUGUUUUAAAAAAGAAUAUUGUCGUUAUCUUAACAACAAUUGGAGGACUAAAUCCUUCAUUAAUAAUUCCUUAUUUACCAAUUAUUACAAGUGAAGAUUUAUUACCUCAUGUUAUUUCUAUUCCAAAUGAAUCAAUUCGUUUUAAUGUUUUAAGGCUUAUUGGUCUUUUAAUAUCUACUGCACCACAACAAUGUGAAAGAAAUAUUUCUUGUAUCUCUCAAGUUUUUAGUAAUGCGCUAAAGAUGUUUCCACAUUUAAAUGAUGUCUGGAUUAAAAUUCAACAGUCUUUCAUUCAUUGA